AUGGAUGGUCCAAAUCAAUUACUUAUUGUUACUGCAGUAUAUAACUACAAUUCUCAAUUCUUGGAUUAUGGCGGUGAAUGGAUAAUUAUAACUAAAUGGAGAAUCACAGAUAUGACACCACAACAUACUGAAGUCUGGAUUGGAAAUGCAAUUGAUGCUGCUGGUAUCUUUCUCAUUAUUAUGUAUAUCGAUAAAUCAACUGAUCAUUACCUGGGAUUAGACAAACUUGAUCCGAUUCCAACGCCUAAAAUGGAUGCCACUUAUUGA